AUGCAUUCGUUUGCUGAAGCAACUACAAAAUUCUCACUUGAGCUGUACUGGCAGCUCAGAGAAUCCGAGGACAACAUCUUCUAUUCCCCGAUCAGCAUAAUGACAGCAUUAGCAAUGCUCCAGCGUGGAGCCAAAGGAAACACUGAACAACAAAUUGAGAAGGUUCUUCAAUUCAAUGAAACCACCAAGAAGACAACAGAAAAAUCUGUAGCCUGCCAUGAGGAAGAAAAUGUCCAUGAACAAUUUCGAAAGCUUAUGACUCAGUUAAACAAAUCCAAUGAUGCUUAUGACCUGAAGGCUGCCAACAGUAUCUAUGGAGCAAAGGAGUUCCAAUUUCUCCAGACAUUUUUGGAAGACAUUAAGGAAUAUUACCAAGCUAACGUGGAAUCACUUGAUUUUGCACAUGCUGCAGAGGACAGCCAAAAGAAGAUUAAUUCCUGGGUGGAAAGCCAAACAAAUGGAAAAAUCAAAGACUUAUUUCCUAGUGGGAGCCUGAGCAGUAGCACUAUACUGGUUCUGGUGAAUGCAGUGUAUUUCAAAGGACAAUGGAAACAAAAAUUUGAUGAAAAGCACACCACAGAAGAAAAGUUUUGGCUGAACAAGAACACAAGUAAACCUGUCCAGAUGAUGAAACAAAAAAACGAAUUUAACUUCAUCUUUCUGGAGGAUGUGCAGACCAAGAUUGUGGAAAUACCAUACAAAGGCAAUGAAUUAAGUAUGUACAUCCUGCUGCCAGUGGAAAUUGAUGGUCUAAAGAAGCUUGAAGAACAACUCACUGCUGACAAGUUACUGGAGUGGACAAGCACACAGAACAUGCACACAGUCGAGUUGUAUUUAUCUUUGCCUCGGUUCAAAGUGGAAGAGAAGUAUGAGCUCCCAGGUCCACUGGAGCACAUGGGGAUGGCCGACGCCUUCAGUCCUCAGAAGGCUGACUUCUCUGGCAUGAGCAGCACUCCAGGUCUCGUGGUGUCCAAUGUUUUACACAAAUCCUUUGUGGAGGUAAAUGAAGAGGGGACAGAAGCUGCUGCUGCCACAGGGGUGGAAAUUCGUAAAUAUUCUGCACAGAUAACAGAAGAUUUCUGUUGUGAUCACCCUUUCCUAUUCUUCAUUAAGCAAUGCAAGACCAACAGCAUCCUCUUCUUUGGCAGAAUGUCUUCCCCUUAACUGUGCUGUCUCUACCAUGCUUCCAAAAAAGAUAACUAAGUUGCUGCAGCUAAAGGAAGGCAGGAAACAAUAGUUUCUCUUGCUUCAUUUUCUUUCCCUGAUAAGAAUGUAUGGGUUGGGGCAGGAUAG